AUGCGCAAGCAGAACAAAAAGAGGAAUCCGUUCACGACUUCCUAUCGGCAGGCAGAUGUCCAGACGCUCCCUGAGAAAUGUUCAUAUGUUCAUGGGCCCACUGAGCUACAAACAGCUCACUUUUACGUUCUCAGUCCAGGUCCACAUAAGCCACCUCAGUUCUGGUGGCCUGUCUACCUGCUCAUUGUUUUGAUGUUCCUCAGUGGUGUGGUUCUUGAGCUUGUGCGCAUCUACAUGAGUGGGCUUCAGAUCCUUGACACCCCUGGCUCCAAAACCCUAGAGGUCAACCUCCAGUUUAUCCUGGAGUAUUCCUCCAGAGAUGCCAGAAUGCUCCCAGGCACAGCUAAACACAGAGAUAAGCGAAGCAGCAAAGACCAGGAGCUGAAAGCAGCCACUGACGAGCCCCGGGCUCUGUUACAUGGCAAAUCAAGCAAGCUCCGUGACCUGCACAGGAGCCUGGACUUCCUCCAAAAUAUUCCCUCCAAAUUCCUGUCAGCCGACCUCUAUGACAAGUGGAUGCAGGCUCUGGAGAAGUCCAACAAGCAGGAAAAACUUCAAGAAUUGAAAGAGGUGGCUGCCCAACUGCCUAGACCAAACCUCGUCUUGCUCAAGCACUUGCUGUCUCUGCUCCACCACAUCAGCCAAAACGCCGAGAUCAGCAGGAUGGACUCCAGCAACCUGGCCAUCUGCGUUGGCCCGAAUAUGCUGAGCCCAGAGACGGACAACGCGCUCCCGCUGGAAGUGCAGAAGGAGAUCAAUGACAAGGUGUGUUGA